AUGUCACUCUUUUCUUCCUCCUCUUUCCCUUUUUCUUCCUCUUUUUCUCCUCUCUUUCUUUCUCCUUCUCCUGUGCCAGCCCCGGCUAUCUGCGUCUCCGGGCAUCCAACGCGGUGUACGUACACCCCGUUUUGGAGUCCACAGGCGGCACCGGCCGCGUGGCUGAGUCAGGGCGCGUGGGCGGGAAGCUCCGUGGUUGCGCGUCUCGCUUCGUUUCCGUCUUCUGUCUCGCUGUUUGCCUCCUUUCUGCGACAACAGUGGCAGUUUGAAGAAAAACACGUCCUCGGGGCCAGCGUGGCGCCUGCGUAUCGGAGCAGAGUGCGAGAGGCGGAGAAGGGGAGACGAGGAAGAGGCGGGGAAGAUGACGCAGCGGGGAUCUCGCAAGGCCUCGGCCGUGACUACCUCCGAAAUGAGGUCGUGAAUGCCGUAGCGGUGGCCUACGUUGCUGAUUUGUUUGAGGGAGAACUGCUUCCCGCUCACUCCCCCUUCGGGAGAGCCAACCCCGACAGAUGGUGUCGUUGUAGGCUUUCCCGAGAUGACUCGCAACACCGAGUUGACGCGCCACUGGCCGACGAAGUCGAAGAGGCGGAUGCGUUAACACAGAGGGAAAGACGCGGCGCGCAGAGGCAGAAACGGACGAGACAAAGAAAGGAAGACAGCCAUGAAGAAGCCGGGGGGAGGGCCCGCGGAGGCAGGUUCUCCGGUUCGGAGUCUUCUUUCUCUCUGGAUGAAGACGACUGGCGAGAUCAAGAGAAAGACACUGGGACGUUCGAAUCUGACUCGCACUCUUGUUCGCAUUCGUCUUCGCCUCUGCGUUUGCCUCUUGCGGCGUCGCCGUCUGCUUCGGUCGAGUCGGCUGCGCCUGCGGAUCCUACCGCCUCCGUACGCUGCAGGAAGCGCCCGUGUAAGGUGUAUAGACAACGCCUCGCGCUCUCCCGUGUGGCUGACCAAGGGCGUGUAUCCGUCCCGGUCCUCGUCUCCGCGUUCGGCCCGGGGUUGGAUGCGCUGCAGUUCACAGCUCUGCGCUACGACCUAGCGGAUGCUGCGGCUCUCUCGCCGCCUUUGUGUGGAGGCGAAGCCAAACAAAGCAGGGAGGGAAGGCGGCCCACCAGGGACAGUCUGGAAGAGCGCGCCUCAGAAGAGGACUCUGGAGAGAGGCAGAGCACAGACGACGAAGACCUCGUAGCGCCUGGACAGACAGCCUGUCCUCGAAGGUGCACACGAAACGGAAAACAUCGCCUCUCUCCUGACUCCUCUUCCUUUUCGGCUGCUUCUGGAGACAGAGAGGACGACGCCGGGUGGCACCGCCCUGGCUUCGUUGCUGGCGCGUUCCGCGUGCAGCCGCGGCGGCUCCUCGAAUAUAGGCCGAGGGCAUUCUGGACAGACGCGAGUGACAGCGAGAGUUGCGGCGAGGCGGAAGCGCACGCAGGAGCGACGCGUGUAGCGAGGGAGACAGCGUCAGGCUCAGCCUCGGGCGCAGGAGACAGAAAUGCGAAGAGACACAGAAGGCUUGCAUCUGGGAGCGGAGACGCAAACAAAGGUUGCGAGGAAGGCAAGUCGGCCGAGUUACAGGGAGACCAGGCACGACCGGAUGAAGGAGACGGGGCCUGUCAGAUUGGAGACGGUGGAGAGGGAUUGAUGAGGAGUCUGCCUGGACAAAGGUCGCCUGAAACGUCUGAGGGACGGCUUCUAGAGGGGACACGGCCGUUGGGGACCGUUUCGCGUCGCGCGCGUCGCGCGCCCCGCGAGCGAACUGCGAGCGACUCUGGGGAGGUUCCCGAAGGCACCUUCGCGCCUCGUUGCUGUCGCCACUUUGCGUUUUCCUCCUCUCUCUCCGCUUCGGAAGCCUCGCUGGCUGCUGGAAGACUGUCCAGGAACCGCGCCAGAGAGGACGGGCGGCGGAGAGCGCGCCGCAGCGAGGACGCCGCCGAGCGCAGCGCGGCGCCCUGGCGACUCCUGGAAGUGAAAAUUGACGACAAGAAUCCCCAGCGAAAGUGGCUGUUUGCGCGGAGUGCUCGAGGCGUGACCCUCGGGGCGCUGCGUCUCCAAGAGGAAGAUGAGCAAGAUGAAGACGAAGACGAGGACUCCGGGAGCAGACAGAGAAGUGUCGUGCAAUCGCUGCUCUACGACCAUCUUGUAGAUGUACGGUACGGACGAGAACGCACAGGCGACAGACGAACAAGACGGCGAGGGACAAGCCGGGAGGGACGAAACGCAGCCCUUCUUGACGGCGAUUUUUGCAACCCUGCCGGAAGCGAUGGGGAGCUCGGCGGAGCUUUCAAUUCGACUGCGCCUCCACGCGCGGCCCUCCACUGCCGCACUUGCGGCGGUCUGCUUCCUUCCCCACAUGCGUCUUCUCCCUCGCGUCGCUCGUCUGCUCGGCGUGCGCAUGCGUUUUCUUCCUCGGCGUGUCCUCUUGCUUCGCCCCUUUCGCGCUGGUGGACGCCGACCGACUUCGUCGUGAACGGCGCGUGGAGCAGACACGACGCAGGCGAGCUGGCAUUGCUCAGCGCCGAGCAAACUGUGAAGAUUUGGCGGGCUGAGAGGCCCAGUGAGGUGUCUCUCUCGUUUGCGCUUCCCUCGGCGUCGCCCUCGAUAGCGGCGGCGGGCGCCACUGCGACCGCGUUGGGCUCCAGUCCCUCCCGAGGGCCUCCAACGGGCCGUCUGAAGUGGGCACAGACGGAGGCCGCUGAGGAGUCGAUUCAGAGUCUCGCGUACGACGCGCACUCUCCGGCCUCUCUUCUCCUCGCCGGCCAGUGCAUUUGGCGGUGCGACUUGCGAGAGAGACAAUCGCUUCUGCGGCUCUUUCCCUCGCCUGCGGCGGUGCCGCCGACGUACAAUGCAUGGCCGCACCGGCUCUCGUCGCUCUUCGACGUGGACUGGAAGUGUCCCAGCAUCUUCUCGGCUUUCACCUGCCUCGCGCCGCACCCCGUCCUCCCUUCCCUCCUCGCAGCCGCGCACGGAGCCUCCGACGCGCUGUUACUCUUCGAUUUGCGGGCCAUGCAUGCGCCGCUCGCCAGCCUGACCCUGCAGGCGUCGAACCACUUGCUCGGCGCACGCUACCGCAGCCUCCUGUGGCAGUCGCAUGCGUCGGCGCCGCCUCCUGCCAGCCCCAGCAACUCCGCCUCUGAGGGCACCUUCGAUCUUCUCUCUGCCUUUUGCUGGCGAAGCACCGACGUCGUGGUUUCCUCCUUUCGCUUCUCGCCUCACGGUCUCUCUCCCCUUCCUUCUCCCUCCGACACUCUCCUUCUCGACGAAGAACGGGAGAGGCUCACCCGAAGGACUCUCUCUCCGUCUUCUCCAUCGUCUUCUUCUCCAUCGUCUUCUUCUCCAUCGUCUUCUCCAUCGUCUUCUUCUCCAUCUUCUCCAUCUCCUUCCUCUCCUUCUUCUCGUUCUUCUUCUCCAUCUCCUUCUUCUGCGUCUCCUUCUUCUCCGUCUUCUCUUUUGUCUUCGCCUUCGGAUUCUGUGUCUUGGCCUCGGGGGAAGCAGCGGGUCGGCGGAGGAAGGACGAGGAGGGCGAGAGAAGACGAGGGCGAAGCCGCGAACUUGACGUCGCCGAGCGACAGCGAGAGUGUAUCGACUUCCGGAAGGAGAAACCUCGGAGAAAAGGAGCAAAACUCAGACGAGGCGUCGGAGGGCGCCUGCCGCGACCCCGCAUUUCGGAGAAGAAAGAGGAGACGAACAGGCAACGCAGACCGGCGAGAGAGAAGGCUUCAGGCGAGCCAGCUCCUCCCGUCCCAGUGGGGCUGUCCGCUGCGGCGGCAAGACCGCCUCGAAAUUUCUUGGCAGGUCGACGUGCCUCUUUUUUCAGGUGUCCACACACCUGGCGACAGCCAGCGGCGCUUUCCGCUGUCGGAGCAUCCCGCCUUUCAGGCGUUCAAAACGUGUUCUUUUCCCUCGUAUUCCGCCAGCAAGGCGCGCUUCGCCGCCGCUAUCUCGUCCUCCGCUCUCACCGACGAAGACGCUGUCUCAUCCUUCUUCUCCGGUUGGGCGGGAGUCGCUCCCCUCAAAUUCACCUUGCCUCGCAGAUCCCUUAACUUUGGUGACUCCAAGGCAGAAACAAAUACUCCGUUCCCUUCCUCUUCCUCUUCCUCUUCUUCUGCGUCUUUUUCUUCUUCAUCGGCCGUGUCUCCUCUGCUUGGCCAGAGCCGCGGAGACGGGGCGGCAGUCUGGGCCCUUGCGGGGCUGACGACUUCGGGGUUUCUUCUUCUUCGGCCGCUCCUUCUCCUCCCACAACUGCCGGCUCCAGCUCUAAAACUUCACGCGCCAAACCGGCGACGGCGUGAGGCCAACGCGGCCCGUUCCCGGGCCGCGUUCCCAACGCAAACGAUAACAGAGCAGAGAAGCGAGACUCCAAGCGCGUGUGCAGCCAGUCAAGGCACAGCGAGCGGAGACAGGCGAGCGGAAACGAGCACAGCGGCUGGCCGUCAACGUGGAGAGCCACGAGACAAAACGGAGGAGGUGUGUCUCUCCGACCGCGGUGACUCGGCCCCGUUCCCUUCCGACCGAGCAAUUCUUCGCAACUCCUUGCCGCUCGCGUCUGUUGCCUCGCAUGCUGCUUCUCGCCCGUUUUCCUCGUCGCUCUCGCGUUCUCUGCCCUCUUCCUCUCGACUUCCUCUCCUGGAAAAGCUGCCUCUGUCACGCGCUUCCGUCGAUGCCAUGCGCACCUAUGGCUCUCUCUUGGCUCACCUCUCGCACUGUCUCCGUCCGUCUGCCGCGCAAGAAGCCGAAGUAGGUGGGAAGCGCCGUCGGCUGUACAGACAGCCGAUGCCGGCGGUGCGAGAUCGAGCCCUGGUCUUGCUUCACUGCGCCGCCCUCAUGCAGACAGCUGCCACCAUCUUGGCGGAGCGAAGACGAAAACGCGAAAGAGGCAGCCAGGCGAAACAGAGACUCGCGAUACUGGACGGAGACGCACUCCGCAGAUUGCCGACAGCACCUAUGCCCGCUCCCUCUUCCUCGCCCUCGUCUCGCGGCGCGUCUGGACAGCUCGCGGUGGAUUUGUCUUCUUCCUCUCCUUACUCUUCUUCUUCUUCUUGUUCGUACUCUUCUUCCUCUUCUUCUUCCUGUUCUUCCUCUUCUUCCUCUUCUUUUUCUUCUUCGUCUUCUUCGUUUGUUUCUGCUUCAGCGAGUUCUUGUUUGCGUCACUGCGUGAUGAAGGCCGCAGAUCGGAGACCGGAUGCCCUCGCGCCGAUGACUGCCCAGGCUCGCGUGUGGAGCGGCCUCGAGCGCACUUGGUUUCAGCCCACGAAGGUACUGCGCUUUCUUCUCUCUCGCCAGGUGUGGCGCGCCGAAGCGUCUUCGAGUUCCCGCGGAGGCAGCGAAGAUCAACAGAGCGCCUUUGCUCGGAAUGCACUUGCAGGUGCCGGGGCGCCUACGUCCGCACGAGCUGUCUCGCCUGCCUCGCCGCUCUCGCUCUCGCGCCUCCUGCCUCGCCUUCCGCCCGUUGUCUCUGCGAGGCUCUUUGCGGACGCGUCAGGAAGCUCGGCCUGCAACGACGCUCGCGGGGUGGACGACGCCGCAGAAGAGGCGACAAGAGAAAACAAAGAAGAGAAGAAAGGAGAGACAGAUGAUGGCGCCGUCACGCUGCAUGAGGCAGAGCAGCGAGUCAGGCUGUUUCUCUUUCUCUUGCAGCUGGGCAUGUGCGAUCUUGAAGAGGAAAGGGAAAAGGCGAGAGAAGAAGGAGCGCAGAGAAUAGAGGGGCGGGCCGACGAAGAAGGCCAGGACAAGGGAAGCGCGAAAGAGGGUGCAAGCGUCACUCCCAACGACGUCGAAGAAAGAGAAGGAGAGAAGGAAGCGGAGAGAGACACAGUAGAAACGCUGGCCGGGCCAGCUGACAGAGGAGACAGAGAGUGUCAGGGAGAGAUCCACACUGCUUCGACAAAAUGUAGAUAUGAAAUUGUAAAUGGUUCCGACAAUGUCGAGGGCGCUACAUACCGAGAAAACAGACCAAAUGCGUUUUCGUACACGAGGUUCUUCGCCUUUCUCCGACAGGAGGAGCGAAACCUGACGCGCAUGCUCGAGUUUAAGUGGGAAUGCAGCCUUGCCGGCCUGGAGUGCGAAGCCGACCGCCUUUCUCUCUGCGCCUCGGGAGAAGAAACGGACGCGUCCCACUACGACACCUCAAUCGCCCAGGCAGGGGGCGACGAGAAGCGCUGCGGGUUACCGGUCGAGGAAGGCGGAAACUCAGAAGCCGAGGGCUUCAGUUCAGAAGGCGACGAGAUCCAUAACGCCGUGUCUCCACGCCGGGGCAAUCGGCCUCUCUCCUCAGCCUCUACGCAACGCAGAACUACCGUGUCCUUGCCUUUGUCCGAUUCUCCGUCGCUGGUGAUGCGUUACUUGCUGCCGCGUUCGCGGCGAAUCCCCGACGACUCGGGUCUCGUGGCGCUUCGAAAUCCGCUUUUCGCGUCUUUCCCAGCAUGCGCGUGCAGCGUCUUUGACGGUCUCGUCCAGGCGCGUGUUGGCGGCGGAGGCUCAGCGGACUCUCGGGUGUCUUUGCGAGGCUUGCGAGAAAGCGGACUGAGAGCCGUAGGCGAGACCAACGAGGGCGAACUGAGAUGGGGGGGAGAAGUGUGCGGCAGAAGGGAGAAAGGACGUUUUCACGAAAACGGAGGCGCUGUCUCGGCUCCGUGGUCUCACGCCUCAGAGGGGGAGCAUCUGGGCGGGUUUGCGGAGACUCUGAGACUCGCCCAGACGAUGCUGACUGCGUUCGCGAGAGCCCAAAGGCGGGCGUCGACAGCGAAAGGGAAUCGCCUCUCUUUUCCCGGAACCGAGUGCGUUCAAGACAUCGAAAAUGGUGCAGCCUCUCUCUCUUCAUCUCCCACCGCAUCGGAGCUCCACGCUUCACAGACGUCGGCGUCGGCCGUGGAACCUGCGACUGCCGAUGACGAGGUUGCCUCUCUCGUUCCUCUUGGCGUGCUCGACGCCUUGGCUCUCGAACUCUUCCUGCAACACGAGGUACUUCUGUUCCCCCGUCUCCCCACUCCCUCUUCGUCCUCGUCUUCUUCCUCUUCGUCCUCGUCUUCGGCCUCUUCGUCCUCGUCUUCUUCCUCGUCGUUGUCCUCGUCUUCGUCCUCGUCUUCGUCCUCGUCUUCUGUCUCUUCUUUCUCUUCUGCGUCUCUGGAGCUUAGUGGGUCGGCCGGGGAGUCCCAUAUCGGGCGGCGUCUUCCCCCAAGUGCGUGCUCGCGUUUCGCUCCAUUUUGUUUCGGUCCCCAUCUGCUCUCUUUCCGGGCGCUGUCGCCGCUUCUCGAGGAGGAGAAACUCCUUUCUCGUGCUCUGGCGUCUCAGCCCUGGGAGCAGCUGCUGGCCACCGUCCAGCGCAUGCAGCGGGAGCGACAGGCUGAGCUGCUGCGCGCUCCUUUUGCGCCGUUUCCGGAACUGCCUGUGCAGGCCCUCGAGCUGCCGCCGCGCAUGCAGGCUCACCCGCCGCCGCGCGUCCUCGCCGCCUUUCGGGCACGCCGCGGCUUCCAGCGGCUCCUCACGGGCCUGGGUGUCUCCGACGCCACAGUCGCCUGUCUCCUCCAGCGAUGGGCCUUGCCGCCGGAGACACUCGCCCUCGGGGGCGAGACCGCUGGCGACGGGAGAGAUGCGAGCGAAGCAGAGACAGAGAGGGCCGAAGAGGAGAACAGAGAGAAUGGAGAAGAGGGGGAAGAUGGUUCGCCAGACGGGAAAGAGAGCGCCUGCGAGAGGCGAGAAGAGGGCGUCGCUGGUGCACGCGAAGAAGCUGGCCGAGCCUCUUCUGCGCGAAGCGUCCAGAAGGAUCUCGCAUGUGCUCGACAGCUCGUUUUGCGCUUCACGAGGCUUCUGAAGAAAUUGGAAGUGCACAAAGAGGCAGCCUCUUUCGCCUUCAGACGGUUCCGGGAAAGCCGAAAGCGGAGUGCCCGAGACCGCGAGGAAGAGCGAGAAAAACAAAAGGCAGCAGAGGCUCUCUUGGCCAGUCUGCGCAACGUUCGCAGCGUCACCUGA